AUGCCCAACAGAGCAUUGAUGAACGAUCAAGGGUCAAUCAAUGCAAUGCACGAAACAGAAUCCCAACCGCUGCUGCAAAAGAACGGGCUGACCGUCGGCCACGCCCGACUGCUGCUCCCCAUCGCCCUGUUGGCCUCUCUCGGCAUCACCGCCACGGCCGCGACCUCGGUGUUUGCGUAUGCGUACCUGCUGUGCGCCGAUCCCACGCACUGCCAGAAUGAAGAGCGCGCGGCGUACGCGGGCACCCUGGCCCUGGCCACCACCGUCGCCAACGUGUGCGCCAUCCUGGCGGUCGGCCCCCUGCACCUGCUCGGCCGCCGCAACGCGGUCGCCAGCCUGCUGCUGUGGUUCGGGGCGCGCGGGGCCAGCGUUGCGGUGCUCUCGGGGGCCGUCGCCCUGCGGAGCAUCCCUAUCGCCAUCGCCAGCAAGGUGCUCGAGGGCCUGGCCACGGACAACAUCCUGCAGUAUGGGCUAGGGGCCGUCUACGCCCGUCUGCCGAGCGAGAAGCACUUCUCCGCCGUCAUGGGCCACUCCAUGGCGGUCUACCUGUUUGGCUCGGCGCUGGGGCCCAUCCUGGCCGGCCUGUCGACCAACUUCCGUACCAGCUUUGUGUUUGCCGUGGUGGUGUUUGUCAUUGCGGGCGGGUAUACAUCGUUGAUCUGGGUGAGGUUUACCAUCCACCACACACCCAGCACCGACGACACCCAAGAGACAGCACCGGAAGUGCCGAAAAGGAGCCUGCUGGACCAUGUGCGUGUGCUGGCUGAGCCGGCGCUGCUCCUGCCCGGCGUGAGUCUGCUGCUGUACACCAUGGCGCAGGGCUACGUCUUCCCGGCGCUGAUGGUGCACACGGCGCUGCGGUUUGGCUUCACGGGCCGCGAGAACGGCUGGAUGCUGUCGCUGGCGGCGGGCACUUCGGCGGUGGCCCUCAUGGCGGUGCCCUCGGCGCUGGGGGCGGUCGAGCGCUGCCGGGGAUCGAUCCCUCGCCGACAGUUCAAUCUCGCCAUGGCGGUGGCCACGAUGGGGGUGUUUGCGGCGUCGUUGAUCCUGCUGGCACGCAUCGACAACGCUCGCCUGGUGUAUCCGGCCAUCAUGCUCUUCUCCAUCGGUCUCGCGUCCAGCACGUAUAUCAAGGGCUACGCCGUGCUGUGUAUCCCGGGGCGUGCAGAUGUGAUGCCGGCCCUGGCCGUCCAGGAGAGCGUCGGAUCGCUGCUCUCGCCGCUGCUCAUCGGGGCGGCCCAGACACGCCUGGCCGAGGGGGAGUGGCUGUAUAUCUCGGCGGGAGUCAUUUCUUUUGCCGCUCUUCUGCUUGUCUUGUCAGGAAGGUCAUAG